CCCACUCCCACUAACGGAUCUCCUGCUCCACGGAAAGGAUCCAACUUUCUGGAUCUAAAUGAUCCUCGGAUUGUUCAGGAAGGAGAGGUUCUUUUCACAAAGGUGACAAGUCCAAGUUCUCCAGUGGUGGAAGAUUAACCUAAACUCUGCGUGUUUUUAUGAGCGCAGCUGCUUGAUCUGGAGGUUUAUGUGCGAGCUGCGGCAGAGAGACAGAGGAGCGCUGAGGGAAGGAGCUGGAAACUCACUGGAAAAUAAAGCAACAUGGGCAAGAAACUAUGUGGAACCAAUUAUCCUCUCAGCAUCUGCUUCAUAGUGGUGAAUGAGUUCUGUGAACGAUUCUCCUACUAUGGCAUGAAAGCGGUGCUGACGCUGUAUUUCCUCAGCUAUCUAAAAUGGGACAAGGACCUCUCCACCGCCAUCUAUCACGCCUUCAGCGGCCUCUGCUACUUCACUCCCAUUUUGGGAGCCAUCAUUGCCGACUCCUGGCUGGGAAAAUUCAAGACCAUCAUCUACCUGUCCAUCGUUUAUGUGAUUGGCCAUGUCAUUAAGUCUGUUGGAGCCAUUCCUACUGUGGGAAACACCGACGUUCACAUCGCUCUGUCCAUGGUCGGCCUCAUCCUCAUCGCUUUAGGCACGGGUGGAAUCAAACCCUGCGUGGCGGCGUUUGGAGGAGAUCAGUUUGAAGAACAACAUAUAAAGGAAAGGCAGAAAUUCUUCUCCAUCUUCUACAUGUCCAUCAACGCUGGGAGUGUUUUGUCAACGUUGAUAACACCAAUCCUCAGAAGUGAAGUGAAGUGUUUUGAUAGUGAAUGCUAUGCCCUGGCUUUUGGAGUUCCUGCGGCUUUGAUGGUUGUGGCUCUAGCUGUGUUCAUAUUUGGCAGCAGUAUGUACAAGAAGACUCCCCCUCAGGGAAACGUCCUCGGAGAAGUCUGCAAAUGUAUUGGUUUUGCCAUCAAAAACCGCUGGAGAAGCUCGAAGCCUGGCCUACAGAGGAAGCACUGGCUGGAUUGGGCUGAAGACAUGUACCCGAAGCGUCUUAUCCAGGAGAUUAAGAUGGUUCUACGGGUUCUGGUUCUUUACAUCCCCUUGCCCAUGUUCUGGGCUCUGUUUGAUCAGCAGGGUUCCCGCUGGACUCUCCAAGCGACAAGGAUGAACAUGGCUUUUGGAAAUUCCUUCACCAUUAAGCCCGACCAGAUGCAGAUGCUGAACGCGCUGCUGAUUCUCGUCUUUGUACCCAUCUUUGACCUCAUCAUAUAUCCGCUCGUCGGCCUCUGCAGGAUCAAAAUCACGCCUCUGAGGAAAAUGGCCACAGGGAUGGUCUUUGCAGCACUAGCCUUCGGGGCCGCCACCCUGGUGGAGAUCAAUGUUGUGAAAACCGUGGUGGAACCUGCGCCAGCCGGCCAUUCCCUGCUACAGGUUUAUAAUCUGGCCGGAGAAGACAUCAGUGUGAAUUUUGCUGGCAGCAACCUGUUUCAACAACCCAUCAAACACCUUCAGGACCCUCUUGAGUAUGAAACUCUUCCACUGGGGGGUUCCAACACGGAGCUACAUGUUGACGUCACAUUUGCAGGAAAUACGUCCAAAUGCACUUUGUCCUUUGAAGAACAAAAGGCUUAUAGUCUCAUCAUAUACAAGGAGGAUACUAAAAUUAAUUGCGAACGGGUGGAGGAUAACAUCAAGAAAAAUGAAGAUGGGAGCCCGAACGUUCGCUUCCUAAACACACAGACAGAAGCCAUAAACAUCACUGUGGGAGAAACUGAGUUUUAUGUGCCAUCUGACUACGGUAUCAUAAACAAGAGUGUGGAUCAGGGAAGUUACGAAGCAGUUGGCUGCAGCCUCGGGUUGACCGAAUGUGAAAACCUCAACCUGGGCCUGCUGGACUUUGGAGCUUCUUAUACUUUCAUCCUCUUGCAGGAAUCUGGUAAAAUUGUGGCCAAUAAGAUGGUGGAUGUGAGAGAAAACAACGUGCACAUCGCCUGGCAGAUCCCCCAGUAUGCCCUCAUCACCGCAGGAGAGGUCAUGUUCUCCAUCACAGGCUUGGAGUUCUCCUACUCACAGGCUCCAACCAACAUGAAGUCAGUGCUGCAGGCCGGCUGGCUGCUCACAGUCGCAUUUGGCAAUGUGAUUGUGCUGAUUGUGGCCGAGGGGGCGGGACUGGAACAGUGGAUCGAGUUCCUGCUGUUUGGAGGCCUGCUGCUGGCCGUUUGUGUCAUCUUCUCCAUUAUGGCCCACUUCUACACAUAUGUUGACCCCGAACAGCUGAACAAACUGUACUCUGAGGAGCCGGGAAAGGAGGAAGAUGAUGGAGGCGAAAUCAAGAAGAAGGAAAUUGACGACAUGCCACUGAAAACAAGAGAAAAAAGCACCAGACUGUAAUUGCGUCACAGAGCUUGGUUAUUAGACACUUCUAUUGGUUUAGAGGUCCAAUAUUCUGGGUAUUCAGAAAAAUAUUCAGUGAAAUUCAUCAACCUACUCACUCUUGAGUUUGCAAUCACACAGGAAGCACUGGAACCAGUUUAAAUAUAUGUAAUGUUUACCUGAAACAAUGAUUUCCCGAUGAUCAAAGGUACCGCUGUUGACUUUUAAAAUUGCAUACGUUUGC